GAGGAACGCUAUUUUCGAGUUACUAGUACGAGGGGAGUAAAUUAGACACCUCUGUUUUAGAUAUAUUUAAAUAACAAUGUAUUUUUCAUUAAACAGAAGUCAAUAAUAACUAAAUUUUUAUAUUAAAAAUAAGAAACAAAUUAAUAUCUAUCGACUAAAAUAUAUAAUAAUUUUCAUUAAUUUUCUUCUACUUAUUCCCUUUAUUUUUUGUGAAGAUUUAUUAUCAUUUUAUAUAUAGAUAUAAUUUUAACGUACUUGGAAACAAGAACAAAUAUGCUGUUAGAGUGCAGCACCGCACAUCGGUAAAGUGUAGAAAAACAGAAAGCAGAAAGUGCAGCAGGGUGGACCUUUAAUUUGGAUAAUAAACAUAUUAGACUUGACUUAAUCUCAGUGACAACAAUUAUGGCCAGUCCGCGAACUCGAAGAGUUUUAAGUGAAUUAAAACCUAAAGACGAAAAUAAUAGAUGUUUUGAAUGUGGUAUACAUAAUCCUCAAUGGGUAUCUGUUACGUAUGGUAUAUGGAUCUGUUUAGAAUGUUCAGGCAAGCAUAGAGGACUUGGUGUUCAUUUAUCAUUUGUUCGCUCUAUUUCUAUGGAUAAAUGGAAAGAUUUGGAAUUAGAAAAAAUGAAAGUUGGCGGAAACAAAAAUGCUAGAGAAUUUUUUGAAUCGCAACCAGAUUGGGAUAAGAAUAUGUCUAUAACACAAAAAUAUAACACCAAAGCAGCAGCAUUGUAUAGAGACAAGAUUACAACAUUAGCCCAUGGUGAAAAAUGGAGUCCAACUACUUCCAUAGCUAAAGAUUUCGAACCUACAUCAUAUUCUACAAAUCAACAAGAUUAUUCAUAUUAUCAAAGCGAUAUGCCCUCUUCGUAUCAAAAUUCUGAUUCAAGUGGUUAUAAGGCUCAAACUGAAGCUUUUUUUGCUAGAAAACAAAGUGAAAAUGCUACUCGUCCAGAGAAUGUUCCACCUAAUCAAGGUGGUAAAUAUGGAGGAUUUGGUUAUCAAAUGGAUCCACCACCUAGAAGUACAUCACAAGAAUUUUUUGAUACUGCAGUAUCUUCUUUAGCAAGUGGAUGGUCAAUAUUUUCUUCAUCUGCCACAAAAAUAGCAAGCAAAGCUACAGAAAAUGCUAUUAGAAUUGGAGAAUUAGCAACACAAAAGGUCCGUGAUGGUACUUUAUUGGAAGACGUUGGAGCGCAAGUUAAUAAUUUAGCUGCAAAGGUUGGAGAUUUGGGAAGAAGAGGAUGGGGCGAUAUUGGUGGAACAAAUUCAAUGGAACAAAAUCAAUAUAAUUCAAAAGAAAAUUAUCAAAGUUCUUCUGCCAGAUACCAGAACAGCGAAGUUGAAUCUUAUUCUACGGAAAAAACGUCUUUAAUGAAAACGUCACAGUCAAAAACUAACACGUCAACCACAAAUUCUGUGUGUGAAUGGGAUUGGGGUAAUGAUGCAAAACUCAGCAAGGAGAAAGUGACAGAUAUUAAAUCAACUGUAAAGAAAUCAAAAGACAAAGUUAAAGAAGAAGCUUUAAUCAACUUUGGUACUGAUAACAAUAUACCAAAUUGGGAUUCAAAAUUAGAAGACGACGCAUGGGAGAUAUUAAAAAAUUAAUUAUUAUUACUAUGAAAUUAGGUAAUUCUCAUCAAAAUUCAAGAUCAUUAAAUGGUUUCUUAUAGAUUUUGAAUCUAUAUAAAGUACUAUAAUAGUAAUAAAAAUGAAAUUAUUUUUAUUUCAUACUCUACCAUUUUGUUGCAAAAAGUGUGUGUAAGUAGUAUAUUCUUAAAAAAAAAAUAGAUGUUUAUUUGUAAGUAACGAGUAAACAUGUAUUGUAUGUUUCAAUAAGAAUAUGUAAGUACUGUUAACAAAUUUAAAUUUUACUGUUAAUGCACAUAAAGGCAAAAGUGUGUGCCUGCUUUAACGUUUAUUUAUCUUUGCAUUUAUUAGAGAUUCAAACUAUUAUUAAAUUUCAUCGAUGACUUUUAUACAAUUAAAAUAAUUUGUAUAUUAAAAAUGUAGCAGGUACAUUGUACAAUAUUAUACACUUUUAAUACAAGAAAGUAUAACUAUUUUACUUUAAAAUGCGUAUUAUAGAAAUUAAUUUUAUAUAAUUGUCAAUGACAUUUAUUGAUUAAUAUACUUAUGAUACUAAUGUAUUUGCAAAUCUGCAGUUAUUACAAGAAUGUCAAUAGAAUUUACUUUUAAUUUAAUAUCUUAAUCGAGUCGUACAGUCUAUUUGUAUUUUAAAUAAGGAAAACAAAUUUAAACGAAGUUAGAAAGUCAUGUACAAUAAUUUUAUGCCUUAAAAUAUUAAUACAUUAUUAUAAUUUGAAAUUGAUAUUUCUCUUGAUUAAACUGUAUACAAACAAAAAAAUUAUCUGUUUUAUUUUUGAUAAAAAAAGUGUACACACUGCAAAAAUUAAUCUUAGUUACUCCAUUUAUAUACAUAUUUUCGAUGCUCAUUGUUCUAUUAUUAUAAGAAACAAAAUACAGUUGUUAAGUUUAAUUAAAUAUUUAAAAAAUUCUCUAUACAAAUAUAUACUUUUCUUACAAUAAAAAAAGUAUUAAACAAUGCAAAUGUAUAUAACUGUGUAAAUUAAAGCUUGAACAUUAUAAGGAAUCUGUGGUCUUUCCUGGAUACACUUUCUUAAUGUUCUUUUUGUUAUAAAUUUUUCCAACGUACUCCCAAAUUUCUUUUCGGUAGUUUGGCCACACUUUAUUUUGUACUUUAUACAAUGCAUAAUAAAGUAAAUUUAAAUCUUUUUCUGAUAGAUCAAGAUGCGACGGUUGUUCGAAACAUGAACGAUAAAGAAAUU